AUGUCGGAGUCCGGGGAUCAGCUCAAGCGCAAACGUGCCCGGGUCGCUUGCGAGCCAUGUCGGCAGAGAAAAAGGAAAUGCAAUGGAGCGACCCCCUGCGCAACCUGCACUGACUGGGGCUAUAACUGCCACUAUACAGACCAAACGCCCCGGAAACGUCGUCUAUCGCAGCCGUCUUCCGCUGCGACGGCAGCGAAGCCAUCCUCUCCCGCCGCCGCCGCCGCAGCAGCAGUGGGAGGAGAGUCCCUCCGCUCGCCCGAUGAAGCCGUCACUCAAUCCCAUCAUCACCAUCAAGGGAUAGCCCGCAGUCUCGAAGCGAAUUCCGCCGCCGCGUUUGUACGCAAGAUGGGCCUCAAGGUUGAUCCCGCCCAGGCGCCGAAACUGGCUCUGUUCGGAUGGAACAUCGGCGCACGGCAGUUAUCCUCCGGAACGGGGGCGAUCUCCGCCCGACCCAUUGUCGAUGUCAUCUCGGUGGCCGAUAUGAAGCAGCUGGCCGAGGUCUACUUCACCAAGAUCGAUCCGUGCUACGGCUUCAUCGACCGGCGCGUCUUCGACGACCGCCUCGAGACCCGAUGGCAGACCCCGCUGUCCAGCGGUUCCAUCUAUGACAGCAUCCUCGCCGGAGUCGCGGCGCUGGGCUCGCUCUUCUCCCACCGGAACAUGACCAUUACGGAGCUGCACCUCGUCGAAGCCGCCCGGUCGAUCCUGGACGGCCACGACGGGUCCGGCCCCCCGUCCCUCGAGCUGGUGACGGGCUGGGCGCUCCGCGUGGUCUACAUGCGCAUGACGGCGGCGCCGCACGCCACCUGGAUCGCCAGUUCGACGCUGAUGCAUCUCAUCGAGGCGGCUGGUCUGCACCUGGAACCUUCAUCUUCUUCUUCUGCAACUUCGCACGACACCGUCCCGUUGCGCGCUCCGGCCACGACGCCGCCCCACGACCGGGAGAUCAGCCGUCGCCUCGUGGGCGUCGCGCACCACCUCAACAUCUGGACCUCCUUCGACCUCGGCCUAUCCCGCGUCGCCUUCCGCACGGGACUGCCGCUGCCAGCCUCGCCCACGAACCCAGGCGACUACACACCCGAGGUGCUCAACCUCCUCCCGGCCUCCGCAUGCCUCGACCCGGAGAACUCGCAAACAGACAGCGACCUCGAACCGACCCUCACCAAAGUCCUGCAGGGCACGCACACGCAACCCCCGUCUGUGAUGGCCCAGACCAACCUCGUCCUCUGCAUCCUGCGCCGGCUCCGCAUUCUGAACCUCUCCAUCACCCCGCAGGUCACGGACCAGGUCCUCGUCCUCUUCGGCCAGGCCCUGUCGUACGCGCGCACCAUGGUCACGGACGGCAGCCCCUGGCACCAGGUCGCCAACGUGCCGAUGCAGAUCCUCUAUGUCCUGCUGGAGAUGGACACGCGCGCGUCGCUGGCGAUGCUGCCCGUCGCGAUGCAGACGGUGACGCUGGUGGCGACCACGUACGAUACCGCCACCAUGCGCGAGGCGUACAGCACCGCGCGCUUGCUGGUGUCGCUGUACCAGCAGCGUCGUUCGGAGGACACGAGGGUGCUGGCCGAGGUGCUGAAUCUGGCUCCCGAGGCAGGGGAGACCGUGACCGAGCCAUUCAGCCCGAGGGUCGACGAGUUAUCUUGGUUAGAGGGCUUGGUCGCAGAGAUGCCUAGUCUACAAGGCCUAGAGCUAGAGCCCUGGCUCCAAGGAGAUAGAUGGGUGUUUCUACACCUCAUGGAGAGCCCUUCUGCUGCUCCUCCACCUCCACCUCCUCUUCUCCAACAUCGACACGACAAUUUCCGGCGACUGGUUACGCCCAAGAAAAAGGGCUUCACUCCUUCUAUCCCGCUUCUGUCUCCAGUUCGUCGGCAGGUCAGCAUAGCGCGCGGGCCUCUCUCCCUAGAGUCGAGUACUAUCCUUGUUUUGUCUGGCAGAAUGACGACUCACUCGGGAAUGGACGGGUUCUGCCUGGUGUGCGGCCACGCCAACAACCACCACCGCACUGCGCCCUGCCCUGCGGCUGGUUGCUCGAAUAGAUGGAAGGAAUGCACCAUCAGCGGCUGCUUCAGAAUUCCUUCUAAGAGCUCUAAGGGUUCUAAGGCUCCAGCGUACACACCAUUCAGGAUUUGCUUUGGAUGCAAGGAUCACCCGGCUUGCAGGGAGGAUGUUGAUUUUUACAAGGACAAGCAGGUCGAUGUCCUGGAGCAGCAGAAUAAGGACUACGCCGCGACUGGGACUGCGGGGGGUCAAGAUGCUGAAGGGAACUGGACUCGUUGA